AGGGCUCAAGAAACAAAGCAGCUGAAGCAAGUCUCACAAGAAGCUCCGGAGUCUGGAUGCAGAGUCCGUGAUCAGAAAAAUAAAGGCGGUACAAACUUGGAUGGUCGGGGCCAGAGAAGCUCACACUACAGUCCAGCCUUUGGUGAGAGAAGGCAGAGGCAAAAAAGGACUAUCUUGUUUGCAGCCAGUGUCCAGGGCGUUGCCUUGAGCAACAUGAAGAAGGUAGGAGGCUCCAAGGAAGUCUUUGGAACACCAGUUGUGAAGAACAGUUUCUAUAAAGUGAAGCUGAAAGUUCCUGAAGACUUACAGCAGAUGUGCGUAAAGGAAUCGGCUCAUAAAGACUUUUCAAAGGCAGUGGAAGCCUUUUCGGUGUCUUAUGACUCAGAGAAUGCCCAGCUGGUCAUCUUGUCUGACAAUGAAGUUACCAUUCAGAGGGUGAACAUGUUGGGUAACAUCCAUUUCCGAAGUCUUCGGACAAAAUUGUCUGUGAUAUCGAGAAUCAAAGAAGCCAGCAAGAAUCUGGAAAGCUUAUGUCUGUCAGUGUCUAGAUUCCAUGUGCAGUUUGAUGUACGAAAAGACUUGAUGCGCUCAGUAAUCGGCACUCGUGGCACAAAUAUACACCAAGCAAGGAGAAUCCCUGGGGUGACUGCUGUUAUUCUUGAUAAAGAUACAUGUACGUGUCAUGUGUAUGGUGAGAACCAAGAUGCUGUGAAGAAGGCAAGAAGUUACCUGGAGUUGGCUGAGGUGGUAAUGUGGGUUCCCCGAAACUUGGUGGGAAAACUCAUUGGGAAGAAAGGAAGGCACAUUCAGAAGGUUGUCGACCAGUCAGCGGUAGUCAGAGUGAGAGUUGAGAGUAAUAAGAAGAGCUCCCAAGACGAGGGAAUGGUCCCCUUUGUAUUCCUGGGCACAAAGGACAGUGUUACUAAAGCAACCAUUCUACUGGACUACCACCUCAAAAGGUUGAAGAAAGUGGACCAACUUCAGCUAACUAGACCAAAGAGAAGGACAGAUACAUGGUCGUGUGUGCACUGUCUUUUGAAGACAAGUGCUCAUCCCCGGUGGUCUGAGCAGAGGGGGGGGAUAUGUGACAGUGUGGCAAGGAAAGGGUGCAUUUCCCACACUGAUCCUGCAGAAAUCUCCACCUGUGGACUAAUCAAUGAGGCAGCAGAAAGGGGAAGGGUCCUUAAAAGCAAGAGAAACAGAAUAAUCUGGGCUCUCCCCUAGACAGAAGUGGCUGUUAGAGGGGGGAGAUACCGUGUCCAGUGCCAGGCGGGCACAGCAAGGGCUGCUGAGGACACAAGCGUGGACUCCCGGAGUGAGAGACGCGGCUCCUGUAACAUAUAGCAAGGUGGCUGUACGAAUGGGACUUUAUGUUCAAAUGUGAACUGUGUCUUAUAAGGCUGCAGGACUUAUUGUGUUUAAACUGACAGGGAAAAGCCCAUCAGUUAUUAGUCAGGGCAUGCUACAUGUGUAGUGAGUGGCUAGACGGCCUAGGAGUUAUUUUUAUGUUUUGUUUAUCCUGCAUCCCGGUUAAUAAACCUGGCGAGGAGCCAGAAUUGCAGAAAGGACUCACUGUUUGCCGGUUUAUUGAGAAGAAACGCAUCCUGUGG